AUGUCUCGCAACGUUCUCGUCACUGGUGCUGCUCGAGGUAUUGGACGUGCGAUUGCUCUCCGUCUUGCUAGAGAUGGUCUCAAUGUUGCUGUGAAUGAUAUCAAAGCAAGUUCUUCAGGUCUCAAUAAGGUUCAGCAAGAAAUCGAAAAAAUGGGUCAAAAAUCGGUCGCCAUAACUGCUGAUGUUUCUGUUGAUAAAGAGGUUGAAACAAUGAUGCAGAACGCUGCAAAAGAACUGGGCAGUUUGAACGUCGUAGUUGCUAAUGCAGGAAUUGCUCAAGUAAAAUCGAUCAUUGAUAUUACUACAGAAGAUUGGGAUAAGAUAUUCGCAGUCAACAUGCGAGGUGCGGGAGGAAAAAUCAUUGGUGCCUGCAGUGGGCUUGGAUACAGAUCAGCUCCAAUGUUGAGUCAUUAUUGUGCCAGUAAAUGGGGCGUGCGUGGUCUUACGCAAGCCGCUGCCAUGGAAUGGGCCAAACACAAGAUUACAGUCAAUGAUUACUGUCCAGGAUUAACUAAAACUACGCUGGCGGAUAUGUUUGAUGAAGAAAUGGCAAAAAUUCAAGGAAAGCAAAAGGGAGAUACCAUAAAGUAUCAC